AAAUGUUUUGAAGCUGUGUGUGUGUGUGUGUAUGUGUGUGCGUGCGUGCGUGUGUGUGUGUGUGUGUGGGCUGAAGCUGCUGUGAUCUGCUGUCAGAGGAUGUAAUUAACAUGUUAAACACACACACACACACACACACACACACACACACAGUUUCAAAUAUUUUUUUGUCUUUUGUUUCUUUUUAGCAUCCAAACCUGUGCUAGCUGUUGAAGUUAAUAAUAAUGAUAAAUCUAAAAAUUAAUAAUUAGCAAUAAUAAAAACAUAAACAUAGAUUCAGCCUGUCGUUCAUGUGACUCAGUCUGUACGUUGUGAUAACAUGUUGGACAACAACACUGACGUCACAUGACUCCCUGAAAGGUCACAUGACUCCUGAUGACUUCUAUUGUGCUCAUAUCAGAGCUAACUUCCUGUUUACCUUUCCAGCUGACGGAGUGUCGACGAGGACGAAUCGUCACAGGAAAUUAAAGAGCAGAUAAGAAGUGUGUUUUAAUCUCUCUGUGGUCUCUGCGGUGUCACGUAUCAAACGUCCCGCCUCACCUGAGGCCACGAGGCUUCCAGGAAGGAAGCAGAGGCGGCGCUGUCUCCGCCGACUGAUGCGGUCGAGCUUCAAACGCACCUUCAAAACUUCUGAGGGACAGGCACCUGAAAGAGGACGGAUCAGAGGGGAGGGGAGGGGUAUAAAACCAACGCACCUGAGUGCAGCAGCCAGGUGGAGACACUCAGAGAGGAGACAUCAGAGUCUGAAGGAGCCGAUCCAGGUACUGAUAACUGACAAGAAACCAGUGAUCGAUCGGUUGGACCAUGUGGAUGUGGCGUAGCUUCCUGUGUGUGUCUCUGGUCUGUGGACUCGCUCUGGACUCCAACACCAUCAGGUCGUCCAAAGAGGCCACGCAGCACAGCUCCGAGGAUCGUUCCCAUGGCGACCAGGUGGAGCGUCCCAUACGGAGCCGGACAGAGACAAACUCAAACAGCCGAGAGACACCAACACCAUGUUCAACACCUGACUGCUACGUACCACAGAGUGGAGGAUGCAGUAACAGGCCUAAGUGGAGAGCGUCGGCUCAGGACAGAGCGGUGGACGCAGAGACAGACAGAGAGAACCAGGACAGCUUCAACAGGACGAAAGCUCCUGCCAUGUCGAGCUGUGUGCGGUCCAGUGACUGUGCUCCGGGCCUGUGCUGUGCCCGGUACGUGACGGGUGGCCGGCGGUGUCAGCGGAUCCCGGUGGAGGGCGAGGCGUGUACGCUGCGCAUCAAGCGCGGGACGAAGCUGGAACGCUGCGACUGCGACGCCGGGCUGACCUGCACCGCCGUCAGCCGGGCGGAGUCAGGCAAGGCCAAGGGGCAGGGCGUGUGCCGGCCCCGCCCGAGGCCGGCCCACAGGAACACAAGGCAUUCUGGGAAGAAGAGGCGGACGGCGGACAGCUGCUGACAGACUCUGUAGAUUUAAUUUAACACGUCAGGUGACGUCAUCGCCGUGUUGGAGGUCGACUGUUGAUGUAGAUGUUUGUGUAUCAAACGGUGGCCCGGGGCCCGGUCAGGGCCUCCGUCUGUUUACAUGGUUUAAAUAAAGAUG